GUCCCAUUCACCGCUGCACACAAAAUCCAAACACAGAUUUCAAGAUGAAGUUUUUGCUGCUGCUGUUGAUGCUGACAGCAUGUGCUGCAACUCCUCAAGAUCUGUCAGGUAAAAUGUUCACCUUCCCACUGCAAUCCAACACAGCUCAUGUGAGUCUGAUCACAUCAAGAGAGGAAUUUAGCACUGCAACAGUCUGUCACAGGUCCUUUACAGACCUCAAAAGAGAUCACAUCCUUUUCUCUUUGGCCACACCCUCUAAUGCCAAUAGCUUCCUGAUUUUCUGGGAUGAAACAAAUAAGGAGCUAGAGACCCAUGUCACGACUGGCAAGUCAGAAUAUCGAGGGUGGGACUACAAGCCGAACAUGUGGCAUUCUAUUUGUACCACAUGGAACUCUGUGUCCGGACUGGUGCAGCUGUGGUUUGAUGGACAACCAUCAAUAAGGAAAUAUAUCAGCUCUGGAUCAAGCAUCAAAGGGCCCACUAUUAUCACCUUAGGACAGGAGCAGGAUUCCCAUGGUGGGGGGUUUGACCUGAGGCAGUCUUUCGUUGGCAUGAUGUCUGACGUCCACAUGUGGGACUACAUCCUUUCCCCCUGUGAAAUCCACCACUACACAGAUGAGCUAAACUUCACUCCAGGGAAUGUGCUGAACUGGAGGGCGCUGGAGUUCCAGAUCGUCGACAGAGUGCUUAUAGAUGAUAAACUGAUUACCUGCCAUUAAACUUUAAUACAGCACCAUCUAUAUGUUACCAAUGUCAGCAUUUUAUGUUAAAUCUUUGUUUAUUAAAGGAUAUAUUCUGAUAUGUA